AUGAUAAACGAAGAUGCAGCUCAGAAAAGCGACAGUGGAGAGAAGUUCAAUGGCAGUAGUCAGAGAAGAAAAAGACCCAAGAAGUCUGACAGCAAUGCAAGCUUCCUCCGUGCUGCCAGAGCAGGCAACCUGGACAAAGUCGUGGAAUAUCUGAAGGGCGGCAUAGACAUCAAUACCUGCAAUCAGAAUGGACUCAACGCUCUCCACCUGGCUGCCAAGGAAGGUCAUGUGGGGCUGGUUCAGGAGCUGCUGGGAAGAGGGUCCUCUGUGGAUUCCGCCACUAAGAAAGGCAAUACUGCUCUUCACAUUGCGUCUUUGGCUGGACAAGCAGAAGUUGUCAAAGUUCUUGUUAAGGAAGGAGCCAAUAUUAAUGCACAGUCCCAGAAUGGCUUCACUCCUUUAUACAUGGCUGCCCAAGAGAACCACAUCGAUGUUGUGAAAUAUUUGCUGGAAAAUGGAGCAAACCAGAGCACCGCCACAGAGGAUGGCUUUACUCCUCUAGCCGUGGCACUCCAGCAAGGACACAACCAGGCAGUGGCCAUCCUCCUGGAGAAUGACACCAAAGGGAAAGUGAGGCUGCCAGCUCUGCAUAUUGCAGCUAGGAAAGACGACACCAAAUCUGCAGCACUGCUGCUCCAGAACGAUCACAACGCUGACGUACAAUCAAAGAUGAUGGUGAAUAGGACGACAGAGAGUGGUUUCACCCCUUUGCACAUAGCUGCACACUACGGAAACGUCAAUGUGGCAACUCUUCUUCUAAACCGCGGCGCUGCGGUGGACUUCACAGCCAGGAAUGGAAUCACUCCUCUGCAUGUGGCUUCCAAAAGGGGAAACACGAACAUGGUGAAGCUCUUACUGGAUCGAGGUGGUCAGAUUGAUGCCAAAACUAGGGAUGGGUUGACACCACUUCAUUGUGCUGCGAGAAGUGGGCAUGACCAGGUGGUGGAACUUCUGUUGGAAAGGGGUGCUCCCUUGCUGGCAAGGACUAAGAACGGGCUGUCUCCACUUCACAUGGCUGCACAAGGGGACCACGUGGAAUGUGUGAAGCACCUGUUACAGCACAAGGCCCCCGUGGAUGACGUUACCCUGGACUACCUGACGGCCCUCCACGUUGCCGCACACUGUGGCCACUACCGCGUAACCAAACUCCUUUUGGACAAGAGAGCCAAUCCAAACGCCAGAGCCCUGAAUGGUUUUACUCCACUGCACAUUGCCUGCAAGAAAAACCGCAUCAAAGUCAUGGAACUGCUGGUGAAAUAUGGGGCUUCGAUCCAAGCUAUAACAGAGUCUGGCCUCACACCAAUACAUGUGGCUGCCUUCAUGGGCCACUUGAACAUUGUCCUCCUUCUGCUGCAGAACGGAGCCUCUCCAGAUGUCACUAACAUUCGUGGGGAGACGGCCCUGCACAUGGCAGCCCGAGCAGGGCAGGUGGAAGUGGUCCGGUGCCUCCUGAGAAACGGUGCCCUUGUGGAUGCCAGAGCCAGGGAGGAACAGACACCUUUGCAUAUUGCCUCCCGCCUGGGUAAGACAGAAAUUGUCCAACUGCUUCUACAACAUAUGGCUCAUCCAGACGCGGCCACUACAAAUGGGUACACACCACUGCACAUCUCUGCCCGGGAAGGCCAGGUAGAUGUGGCGUCAGUCCUCUUGGAAGCAGGAGCAGCCCACUCCUUAGCUACCAAGAAGGGUUUCACUCCCCUGCACGUAGCGGCCAAGUAUGGAAGCCUGGACGUGGCAAAACUUCUCUUGCAACGCCGAGCUGCUGCAGAUUCUGCAGGGAAGAAUGGCUAUACUCCUCUACAUAUUGCUGCCAAGAAGAAUCAAAUGCAGAUAGCUUCCACACUCCUAAACUAUGGAGCAGAGACUAACAUCAUGACAAAGCAAGGAGUGACUCCACUCCAUUUGGCCUCGCAGGAGGGGCACACGGAUAUGGUCACCUUGCUUCUGGAAAAGGGAGCCAAUAUCCAUAUGUCAACCAAGAGUGGACUCACGUCCUUGCACCUUGCAGCCCAGGAAGACAAAGUGAACGUUGCAGAGAUUCUCACCAAGCAUGGAGCUGACAAAGAUGCUCACACAAAGCUUGGUUACACUCCUUUAAUUGUGGCUUGUCACUAUGGAAAUGUGAAAAUGGUCAACUUUCUUCUGAAGCAGGGAGCAAAUGUUAACGCAAAAACCAAGAACGGCUACACGCCUCUGCACCAGGCCGCGCAGCAGGGCCACACACACGUGAUCAAUGUCCUGCUCCAGCACGGGGCCAAGCCCAACGCCACCACCGCGAAUGGCAACACCGCCUUGGCCAUCGCGAAGCGUCUGGGCUACAUCUCCGUGGUCGACACUCUGAAGGUUGUAACGGAGGAGGUCACCACCACCACCACGACCAUCACAGAGAAACAUAAGCUAAAUGUUCCUGAGACGAUGACUGAGGUUCUUGAUGUCUCCGAUGAAGAGGGUGAUGACACAAUGACAGGUGAUGGGGGAGAAUACCUCAGGCCUGAGGACCUCAAAGAACUGGGUGAUGACUCGCUACCCAGCAGCCAGUUCCUGGACGGUAUGAAUUACCUGCGAUACAGCUUGGAGGGAGGCCGAUCCGACAGCCUUCGAUCCUUCAGUUCCGACAGGUCUCACACCCUGAGCCAUGCCUCCUACCUGCGGGACAGUGCCAUGAUUGACGACUCGGUCGUCAUCCCCAGUCACCAGGUGUCAACUCUAGCCAAGGAGGCAGAAAGGAAUUCUUAUCGUCUAAGCUGGGGCACUGAGAACUUAGACAACGUGGCUCUUUCUUCCAGCCCUAUUCAUUCAGGUUUUCUGGUUAGUUUCAUGGUGGACGCCCGCGGUGGGGCUAUGCGGGGGUGCAGACACAACGGGCUCCGAAUCAUUAUCCCGCCUCGGAAAUGUACCGCCCCAACGCGAGUCACCUGCCGACUGGUCAAACGCCACAGACUGGCCACAAUGCCGCCCAUGGUGGAAGGAGAAGGACUGGCCAGUCGCCUGAUUGAAGUUGGACCCUCUGGUGCUCAGUUCCUUGGUAAACUUCACCUGCCAACGGCUCCUCCCCCACUUAAUGAGGGAGAAAGCUUGGUCAGCCGCAUCCUUCAGCUGGGGCCUCCUGGAACCAAAUUCCUUGGGCCCGUCAUCGUGGAGAUCCCGCACUUCGCGGCGCUGCGAGGAAAGGAGAGGGAACUCGUGGUCCUGCGCAGUGAGAAUGGGGACAGCUGGAAAGAGCAUUUCUGUGAAUACACCGAAGAUGAACUGAAUGAAAUUCUUAACGGCAUGGAUGAAGUGCUCGAUAGCCCAGAAGACCUAGAAAAGAAGCGCAUCUGCCGAAUCAUCACGCGAGACUUCCCGCAGUACUUCGCGGUGGUGUCGCGCAUCAAACAGGACAGCAACCUGAUCGGCCCGGAGGGAGGCGUGCUGAGCAGCACGGUGGUGCCCCAGGUGCAGGCCGUCUUCCCCGAGGGGGCUCUAACCAAGCGGAUCCGCGUGGGCCUGCAGGCUCAACCUAUGCACAGUGAGCUGGUGAAGAAGAUCUUAGGCAACAAAGCGACCUUCAGCCCCAUCGUCACUUUGGAACCUAGAAGAAGAAAAUUCCACAAGCCAAUCACCAUGACCAUUCCUGUCCCCAAAGCUUCAAGCGAUGUCAUGUUGAAUGGUUUUGGGGGAGAUGCACCAACCUUGAGAUUACUAUGCAGCAUAACAGGUGGAACCACCCCUGCUCAGUGGGAGGAUAUCACAGGAACUACGCCGUUAACAUUUGUCAACGAAUGUGUUUCUUUUACAACCAACGUGUCGGCCAGGUUCUGGCUGAUAGAUUGUCGACAGAUCCAAGAAUCCGUUACCUUUGCCUCACAAGUGUAUAGAGAAAUUAUCUGUGUACCUUAUAUGGCCAAAUUUGUAGUGUUUGCCAAAUCGCAUGACCCCAUCGAGGCCAGGCUGCGAUGUUUCUGUAUGACUGAUGAUAAAGUGGAUAAGACCCUUGAACAGCAAGAGAACUUUGCUGAGGUGGCCAGAAGCAGGGAUGUGGAGGUCUUAGAAGGAAAACCCAUCUAUGUUGAUUGUUUUGGCAACCUGGUGCCAUUAACCAAGAGUGGCCAACAUCAUAUAUUCAGCUUUUUUGCCUUCAAAGAAAACAGGCUUCCUCUCUUUGUCAAGGUACGCGACACGACUCAGGAGCCAUGCGGACGACUAUCAUUUAUGAAAGAGCCAAAGUCCACAAGAGGCCUGGUGCAUCAAGCUAUUUGCAACUUAAACAUCACCCUGCCAAUUUAUACAAAGGAAUCAGAGUCAGAUCAAGAACAGGAGGAAGAGAUCGAUAUGACAUCAGAAAAAAAUGAUGAGACAGAAUCUACAGAAACAUCUGUCCUGAAAAGUCACCUGGUUAAUGAAGUUCCUGUCCUAGCAAGUCCGGACUUGCUCUCUGAAGUUUCUGAGAUGAAACAAGAUUUGAUCAAAAUGACCGCCAUCUUGACCACAGAUGUGUCAGAUAAGGCAGGUUCAAUUAAGGUCAAGGAGCUGGUGAAGGCUGCUGAGGAAGAGCCAGGAGAGCCUUUUGAAAUCGUUGAGAGAGUUAAAGAGGACUUAGAGAAGGUGAACGAAAUCCUGAGAAGUGGAACGUGCACGAGGGAUGAAGGCAGGGCGCAGCGCUCGCGGUCUGAGAGGGAAUUAGUGGAAGAGGAAUGGGUUAUUGUCAGUGAUGAGGAAAUAGCGGAGGCUAAGCAAAAAGCACCUUUAGAAGUCACCGAAUAUCCAUGCAUAGAAGUUAGGGUAGAUAAAGAGACCAAAGUAACAGCAGAGAAAGACUCAACAGGGCUAGUGAACUACCUUACUGACGAUCUGAAUUCCUACGUGCCUCGUCAUGAAGAGCAGCCACAGACGGUUCGAGACACGGCAGGGGAGAAACGGGAAGCUCUGGCGGUUGGCAGGAGUUCUGAAAAUAAAGGGAAAGAUCUUCCCCCAGAUGAGACACAGAGUGCACAGAAACAGCUCAAACCAAGCUUGGGAAUAAAGAAGCCGGUAAGAAGGAAAUUAAAAGAAAAGCAGAAACAAAAAGAGGAAAGUUUACAAGCUAAUGCAGAAAAAACGGAACUUAAAAAAUGUAGUUCAGAGGAAUCAUUAGAUGAAGACACAGGUUUAGCCCCGGAACCGCUUCCCACCACAAAGGCCACGUCUCCUUUGAUAGAAGAAACUCCCAUUGGUUCCAUAAAGGACAAAGUAAAGGCCCUUCAGAAGAGAGUGGAAGAUGAACAGAAAGGACGAAGCAAGUUGCCCGUCAGAGUCAAAGGCAAAGAGGACGUGCCAAAAAAGGCCACCCCCAGGACGCAUCCAACUGUAUCGCCCUCUCUGAAGUCAGAGAGGCAUGGGCCAGCGCCUCCGUCCUCUAAAGCAGAAAGACACGCUUCUCUUUCCUCUGCAAAAACUGAAAGGCACCCCCCAGUAUCACCAUCCAGUAAAACUGAGAAACACUCACCUGUGUCACCCUCUCCAAAAGCUGAGAGACAUUCACCUGUGUCAUCGACAAGUAAAACUGAGAAACACUCACCUGUAUCACCCGCGACAAAAACUGAAAGACACUCCCCUGUGUCAUCUACAAAAACAGAAAGACACCCGCCGGUUUCCCCCUCAGGCAAAACAGACAAACGCCCACCUGUGUCACCCUCUGGGCGAACAGAGAAACAUCCACCCGUAUCACCUGGGAGAACAGAAAAACGCUUGCCUGUUUCACCUUCUGGAAAAACAGAAAAACAUUCGCCUGUAUCAACUGCUGGGAAAACCGAGAAGCACCUGCCUGUGUCACCGUCGGGGAAAACGGAGAAGCACCUGCCUGUGUCACCAUCUGGGAAAACAGAAAAGCACCCACCUGUCUCCCCCACCUCAAAAACAGAAAGAAUUGAGGAAACCAUGUCUGUUCGGGAGUUGAUGAAAGCUUUCCAGUCAGGGCAGGACCCGUCAAAACACAAAACUGGACUCUUCGAGCACAAAUCAGCAAAGCCAAAGCAGCCACAGGAAAAAGGUAAAGUUCGGGUAGAAAAAGAAAAGGGGCAGGUAUCAACUCAAAAAGAAACACAGAAAACAGACAAUCAGACAAUCAAACGAAGUCAGAGAUUCGUUGUAACGGGAGCUCCAGAAUCCAGAAGAGGAGUCCGUGUUCCUUCCAUCGGGUUAAAGAAAGAAGAUGCAGUUGGAGAAAAGGAGAAAAUUCUCAGCCGCAAAAUACCUGACCCUGUUGAGUCAGCACCUGAAGAAAAAAGCCACAGAGAGAGUGACACCCCCAAAGAGAAGAUGGCGGAUGAGCAGGGAGACAUGGAUCUCCAGAUCAGCCCAGACAGGAAAACCUCCACUGACUUCUCUGAUGUCAUCAAGCAAGAGUUGGAAAACAAUGACAAAUACCAACAAUUCCGCCGGAGCGACGAGACAGAAAAGGCACAGCUUCACUUAGACCAAGUUCUCACUAGUCCUUUCAACACCACGUUUCCACUCGAUUACAUGAAGGAUGAGUUCCUGCCCGCUCUGGCUUUGCAGAGCGGCGCUUUGGACGGCAGUUCGGAAAGCCUAAAGCAGGAAGGGAUCGCAGGUUCCCCCUGCGGCAGCCUGAUGGAGGGGACCCCUCAGAUUAGUUCAGAAGAAAGCUAUAAGCAUGAGGGCCUAGCGGAGACCCCCGAGACAAGCCCAGAAAGCCUUUCUUUCUCCCCCAAGAAAAGUGAGGAGCAGAUUGUGGAAACAAAGGAAACCGCCAAGUUAGAAGCACCAACAGAAAUUCAUUCAGAAAAAGAACCUCCCACAACCAAAGACGUUACUGAGGGCUCUGAGGAGCAAGGUGCUGCCGUCACUGAGGGCUCAGAGCCCUCCCCUGAGUGUCUGCAGAAAGAGGGCACUCGAGACCCUUCCACAGACACGUGCCCCAAACGAGACAGUGAUCGCCCGGGCAGCUCUAGCAUAUCAUUAGCAAAGGAAGUACCCGAGGCAGUGACUGAGGAAGCCGCCUGUGAUGAAGGUCAGUCCGCACUUGGUAGUUCAGCCCACGAGACACAAACUGUUAGUGCAGCUCAGGAACCCACAACCCCCUCAAAUGAGACAAAGGCCUCCCCCCUACCUGAUGCUUCUGUAAAGACAGACGCAGGCGCAGAAUCAAAGCCUCAGGGAGCCAUUAGAAGUCCCCAAGGGUUAGAACUUGCACUUCCUAGUCGAGAUAGUGAAGUCCUCAGCCCUGUGGCUGACGAAUCCUUAGCAGUAAGCCACAAAGACUCUCUGGAAGCCAGCCCUGUGCUAGAAGACAACUCUUCACACAAAACUCCUGAUUCUCUGGAACCAAGUCCUCUGAAAGAAUCCCCUUGUCGUGACUCUCUUGAAAGCAGCCCUGUUGAACCAAAGACGAAGGCUGGAAUUCUCCCAAGUCACUUUCCUCUUCCUGCAGCUGUUGCCAAAACAGAACUUUUUACGGAAAUGGCCUCCAUGCGGUCCCGGCUACUCCGGGACCCUGACGGCAGUGCUGAGGAUGACAGUCUCGAGCAGACGUCACUCAUGGAGAGCUCAGGGAAGAGCCCCCUUUCUCCUGACACCCCCAGCUCUGAAGAAGUUAGCUAUGAGGUCACACCCAAAGCCAUAGAUGCCAGCACACCAAAACCAGCUGUGAUUCAUGAAUGCGCAGAGGAGGAUGAUUCAGAAAAUGGGGAGAAAAAGAGGUUCACACCGGAAGAGGAAAUGUUUAAAAUGGUAACCAAAAUCAAAAUGUUCGAUGAACUGGAACAAGAAGCAAAGCAGAAAAGGGACUACAAAAGAGAACCUAAACAGGAAGAGUCUUCUUCAUCCUCUGACCCAGAUGCAGAGUGUUCAGCAGAUGUGGAUGAACCAAAACAUAUGGGGAGUGUGGAGGGUGAAAGUGAUGUCCCUGUCUUGGUAACUUCAGAGAGCAGAAAAGCUUCUUCCUCCUCAGAAAGUGAACCUGAAUUGACACAGCUGAAAAAAGGUUCUGACUCGGGCCUUUUGUCUGAACCAGUUAUUCGAGUGCAGCCUCCUUCUCCACUUCCAUCCAGCAUGGACUCCAAUUCCAGUCCAGAAGAAGUACAGUUCCAGCCUAUAGUUUCCAAACAAUAUACUUUCAAGAUGAAUGAAGAUGCUGAGGAAGAGACAGGUAAAUCAGAAGAAGAAAAAGACUGUGAAUCCCAUCUAGCUGAAGACAGUCAUACUGCUUUCACUGGGGGUGCAGAUAGGUCUGACGAUGAUGUAAACAGGGACGCUGAUCAGCCAAAAAUGUGUGACGGUCAUGGAUGUGAGGCCAUGAGUCCUAGUGGCUCAACCACUCCUGUCUCUUCAGGCCUCCAGAGUUCAGCUGGUGAUGAUACCGAUGAACAGCUAGUCACCCAUAAAGAACCAUUAGCUCCCCAAGGCACACAGGAAAAAGACACAGAAGGAGAAGAGCUUGAUGUUUCUAGAGUGGAAUCUCCACAAGUAGAUUGCCCCAGUGAAAGCUCUUCGCCUCUGUCCUCUUUGUCUCAUUGUCCAGUAUCUGAAGGAAAAGAAUUAGAUGAAGGCAUAGCCUCCAUGUCUUGUACGACAAAAAUGGAGGUCACGAAAACUGACGAAACACUUGAGAGCUUGUCAAAGGACUGCUCCACGCAGGAUUCAUCCGUUACGACUCAAACAGAUGGAUUUUCCAUGGAUGUUCCCGUGUCUGACCUAGCUGAGACUGCUGAAAUCUACGGUCCUCAAAUCACAAGCCCUUAUGAAAAUGUUCCUUCCCAAUCUUUUUUCUCUAGUGAAGAAAGCAAAACUCAAACAGAUGAAACAGAUGCAAAUCACACCACAGGUUUUCACUCUUCUGAAGUGUAUUCUGUCUCUAGCACAUCCUCCGUUGAAGAUGUAGUAAUGGCAGCCUCAUCUAGUGGAACUGUUUCAGGCAAAGAAUCUAAUGUUGAGGGCCAGAACAUGAACAUAGAAUCCAAACAAGAAAGUACCUUAUGGGAAAUGCAAUCAGAUAGAACUCCUUCAUCUUCAGAGCCUACUGUGCCAAAUACACCAGCAGUUGUUGGUGAACAAAUAAGCAAAGUCAUCAUCACAAAAACUGAUGUGGAUUCUGAUUCCUGGAGUGAAAUUCGUGAAGAUGAUGAAGCUUUUGAGGCUCGAGUGAAAGAGGAAGAGCAAAAGAUAUUUGGUUUGAUGGUAGACAGACAAUCACAGGGUACCACCCCUGACACUACUCCUGCUAGGACCCCAACUGAAGAGGGGACUCCAACAAGUGAACAAAAUCCAUUUCUCUUUCAGGAAGGAAAAUUAUUUGAGAUGACCCGAAGUGGUGCCAUUGAUAUGACCAAAAGGUCUUAUGCAGAUGAAAGUUUUCACUUUUUCCAAAUUGGUCAAGAAUCCGGGGAAGAGACUCCCUCUGAAGACAUGAAAGACAGAACGACUGGGGCAGAGCCCCCACAGCUGGAGACAUCAGCUGAGUCACUAGCACUUUCAGAAUCAAAAGAAACAGUGGAUGAUGAAGCAGACUUACUUCCAGAUGACCUGAGUGAGGAAGUAGAGGAAAUAUCUGCUUCAGAUGCUCAACUUAACUCCCAGAUGGGGAUUUCAGCCUCCACGGAAACAUCAACAAAAGAGGCCAUUUCUGUAGGGGCUGAGGACCUCCCCGCCAUGCAAGUGGGUGAUGCACCUCCUCCAUCUGGUGUGAAGCAGACAUCUUGCCCUGAUUCCCCUGAACCAGUUGUGAAAGUCCAGUUAGAUUUUUCCACAGUCACCAGGUCUGUAUAUUCAGAUAGGGAUGAUGAUUCUCCCGACUCUUCCCCAGAGGAACAGAAAUCAGUGAUUGAAAUCCCUACUGCAUCCAUGGAGAACGUGCCUUCUACUGAAAGCAAAUCCAAAAUUCCCGUAAGGACUAUACCCACUUCAACCCCAGCACCUCCAUCUGCAGACUUUGAGAGUUCACUUUCUGAAGAUUUAUCCAGUCUGGAUGAGGAAAGUAAAGAGGAUGAAGCAAAACCAAAGUCCAAAAUCCCUGUCAAAGCAUCCAUCCAAAGAGUUGAGCAGCAGCUCUCACAUCUAGACUCAUCUCUCCAGGAGACAGUGGCUCCUCAGGGGCGGGACAUGACAAGCAGAGCACCAGAUAAUAGAAGCAAAUCUGAAUCUGAUGCUAGUUCUUUGGACUCAAAAACCAAAUUCCCAGUAAAAACCAGAAGUUACACUGAGACGGAGACAGAGAGUGGACUGGGGGAAGAUGAGCUUGAAUUAGAAUCCGAAGGAGAGGCCGCAAGAACAAAGAUAUUUGCAUCUCGAUUGCCAGUUAAGAGCAGAAGCACCACAUCUUCCUGCAGGGGGGGCAUGAGUCCCACCAAAGAAAGUAAGGAACAUUUCUUUGACCUUUACAGAAACUCCAUAGAAUUCUUUGAGGAGAUUAGUGAUGAGGCUUCCAAGUUAGUGGAUAGACUUACACAGUCAGAAAGGGAACAGGAGUUAGUUUCAGAUGAUGAAAGUAGUAGUGCCCUGGAAGUUUCAGUAAUUGAAAAUCUGCCACCUGUUGAGACCGAGCACUCAGUUCCUGAGGACAUCUUUGACACACGGCCCAUUUGGGAUGAGUCCAUUGAGACUCUGAUUGAACGCAUCCCUGAUGACAAUGGCCAUGACCAUGCUGAAGAUGCACAGGAUGAGCAGGAACGGAUCGAGGAGAGGCUGGCUUAUAUUGCCGAUCACCUUGGCUUCAGCUGGACAGAAUUAGCAAGAGAACUGGAUUUCACUGAGGAACAAAUCCACCAAAUUCGAAUUGAGAAUCCCAAUUCCCUUCAAGACCAGAGUCAUGCACUUUUGAAAUAUUGGCUAGAAAGGGAUGGGAAGCAUGCUACAGAUACCAGCGUCAUUGAAUGUCUCACCAAGAUCAACCGAAUGGAUAUUGUUCAUCUCAUGGAGACCAGCAUAGAACCUCUCCAGGAACGCAUCAGUCAUAGCUAUGCAGAAAUUGAACAGACCAUUACACUGGAUCAUAGUGAAGGGUUCUCAGUGCUUCAAGAGGAGCUAUCCACCGCACAGCAUAAGCAGAAAGAGGAGCAAGCUGUCUCUAAAGGAAGCGAGCCUUGUGAUCAUCCGCCCAUCGUCUCCGAGGAAGAUAUUUCUGUCGGUUAUUCCACUUUUCAGGAUUCUGUCCCCAAAACUGAUGGGGACAGCUCAGCAACAGUACCUGUUCCCCAAACUGAGAAGGAGCAAGUGCAACAGGAUUUCUCAGGGAAAAUGCAAGACCUGCCCGAAGAAUCAUCUCUUGAGCAUCAGCAGGAAUACUUUGUGACAUCCCCAAGAACAGAAGUGUCAGAGACUCAAAAGUCCAUGGUAGUACCUGGCUCUCCCAGCAAGACACCCGAGGAGGUUGGUAGCCCCCCUGAGGAGGAAAGGCUGUACCCCCAGAUGCCAGCGCCCAGCGGGCAGGGAGGCUCUCCCAUCAUACAGGAGCCCGAAGAGCACCCAGGACGCGGGGACGAGAGCUCUCCGCAGAAGACGAGCCUGGUGAUAGAGGAGUCUGCUGAUGACCAGUCGCAGGCCUUGGAAAGACUCCAGGAAAAUACAGCAUUUGAAAAGGGAGACGAUAUGCCUGACAUACCCCCAGAAACAGUCACAGAGGAAGAAUAUGUCGACGAGCACGGACACACCGUGGUGAAGAAGAUUACUAGGAAAAUCAUUAGGCGGUAUGUGUCCUCUGAGGGCACGGAGAAAGAAGAGAUUAUCAUGCAGGGAAUGCCGCAGGAGCCCGUCAGCAUCGAGGAGGGGGACGGCUACUCCAAGGUUAUAAAGCGCGUAGUAUUGAAGAGUGACAUCGAACAGUCGGAGGUGACCCUGUCUGAGCCCAGCAUUCUGUCCAGUCCGUCACAAUUUCAGGCUGAACCAGUGGAAGGCCGUAGAGUCAGCAAAGUUGUUAAAACAACUGUGGUCCAAGGAGAGAGGAUGGAGAAGCAUCUGGGGGAUUCUAGUUUAGCUACUGAUCUGCCUUCAGCCAAAGAUGACUUUGAAGAGGCUUUGAGUUAUGCAGGUAGCCACACGAAAGUGCACUUCCCCAGUUUAGUAGAGAAUGAAAUCCUGAAAGAGGAUGGAUCAGUAAUUAAAAGGACAACCAUGAGUAAAGCCAGCACACAGAAGAGGGCUGUGGUGAAGGACCAGCACGGAAAACGCAUCGACUUGGAGCACCUGGAGGAUGUACCAGAAGCACUAGACCAGGACGCCCUCCGGCACGAUCUCCAGCGGCUCCUGCGACAUUUCUGCAACGAGGACUUGAAGCCAGAGGCCAAAUGA